UUUUUGUUCUUGUUAAAAAUCAGUUUAGUUAUAAGAAAUCCCGUUAUUGUGACACAGUACGUGAAAGAACAGAUCAACUGAAAGAGUUGAUGAUUACAUCCAACUGGAUAAAUUAUGCACUGAUUGAUGCGUUCACGGAUAGUUUUGCCCCCAUCAUCUUGCAAGUAGAGAUUGAAACAGUCUUGAUUGACGAGCUCUCGUUGGUCCUGACGAAAUCCGAACAAGGGGAAAUGUUGCGCCCAAUCAGUCGAUGUCGCAAGAAAUUCACCCAACUCUCUCUUUUAUUGGGUUCCAAGUUGGAUGUGAUCAAGAGUUUAAUGAAGCGUUACGAGGAUAAAUCACGCAAAUUCGCGUUGAUCGAACAACAAUCAUUUCCACAACAGGUCAAUCAUGCGUUACUGAAUACGAACCAUCAAACGAAAAAGCAUACUCGAGAAUCCAUACCUCCUUCAAUACGCCACCGUAUAACGCCAUAAAAGAAAAGAAGGCAUUUAACGAUGUCUUGUUGUAUUUGGGCGAUAUCCAGAUCACGUGGUGUUGAUGGUCCAGAAUAUCAGUCAUUAUGACCGCAUAUUGCAUCGUGCGGAUACGAAUUAUCUUGCCCAAGUGAAUUUCGAGUUGACACAGAUGUAUAAUAUGACGAAUAAUGU